AUGGCAAAAUCAACUUGGUUGAUUAUCAUCCAAUUUUGGAUAUUGUUUCUUCACACUGUCAUAAUACGAUGCUGUUCAGCAACAAGUAUCACCAAUUUCUUCAAUGAGGAAGCAUGGCCAUCAAUCUCUGUCCAAAGACAAAAUGCUAUCAGAUCACAACGUGAUAUUAUGAGAAACAUAACAAUUGAUCAGAUACCUUAUGUUGGAGUAGACUUGAGAAAAGUAUUAUUCAACCAAGAAAGUAUAGAUAGAAUAAAUGAAGUCAAUGAACAGUAUAGCUCAAAAUUGUUCAAAGUAAAUGAAACCGAGGCACUCCUCAAUAAUUUAUCAUCCUUAUUUAAUACAGGUUUACAAACUAUGGUACUAGAUUUAGAGAUUAGAAAUAAUACUUGGAUGAUAGUAGAGACAAAUAUAACCUUUCAGCAAUAUUUAACUAUUUUACAACAAUUUCUGAUAGAGAGUCAUUAUGAUUUAUCGGCAAAUAUUCAAGUGCUUUUACUUAAUAUUCAAAAUAACACCAAUGUGACAAUAAACUCAAAUUCCAGCAAUACUACUAAUAUGACACAUCUUUUCGAUACUUAUUUAGGGUCUAAUUACAUUUUUACUCCCAAAGAUUUCUUGUCACAUCAAUAUGCAAAUUUUUCCAUUACGAAGAUUCCAAGAUGGCCAACAGCACAAGAAUUUUUAUUCACAAAUAACAAUAGAUUAAUAAUUGCUGAAAUAACUUCCCAAUUAAACCUUACCGAAAAUCCUUAUAUUUUUCCUGGCGAAACUUUACAUUACGAAACAAUGUAUUCUACUUUACCAUGCCCUCGAACUAAUAGUGAAAUUAAUCAAAUGCAAAAAAUUUCAUGGAGAUUUCUUAAUUCACAAUUCACACCAACAAAUAUUACAAAAUGUAUUGAUUGUGGUUUAUCACCUAUUAUAUCAAACCCGUAUGAUAUUUCAAAUAUUACAACCAUUGUUAAGUUGAUCAUCCCUAGUAUUGUUUGGACAUGGGCGAAUAAUGAACCAAGACUUUCCAACUCGAAAUUAUUAAUGGGUAAGGAUUCGAUCAAAAUAUAUAAUUGUGCCAAGAUAAAAUACCUAAGUUCAAACUCCACAUUAACAUGGUAUGUUGGAGAUUGUUACAAUAAAUUAAGUGGACUAUGUAAAAAGGAUAAUACUAAUGAUGAUUGGCUUGUGACUUCAUCAGAAAUGUCCUUUUUCCACUUUGAUGAUAACAUUAAUUCGCCAUGUCCUGAUGGUUAUAACUUCUCAUUACCUAUCACUCCGUUAGAGAGUCUUUCAUUAAGUUUUUAUCUUAAUAAUUCUGAUUUCUCGUUUUAUGAUGAAAAAGAAUUUUGGAUCAAUUUAAAUUCUAUUUCCGUCAGCAAUUGUUGGGUAAUUGGUGAAAAUACAAUGUGUCCAUACCGUAGCGAAAUUUCAACUAGAAAUUUUUUAGAGAUGAUUUUACCAAUUUCCAUUGUAUCCUUUUUAUUAUUGGUAGCUGUAUUUUAUUUAAGUUUGUUAACAAUACCAAUUCAUGAUAAUCGUAAAAACUGGAGAACUAUUGUCAGUCAAGUAUCAAAAUCUGAAUUUGAAGGUGUGCCAUCAUGA